AUGUUCAGAGCGCCAUCAAGAACGCUAUUUCGCAGAAUGUCUACCCUAACUCCAGUUUACACUAAAUCCGCUCCAGCUCCAGCUGCAUCCUACUCGCAAGCUAUUAAGGUCAAUGGUUUUAUCUAUGUCUCAGGACAGAUCCCAUUGGACACUGAAAACAAGCCAAUCGAGGGAUCUAUUUCUGACAAGACAGAACAAGUUAUUAAGAACGUCGAAAAUGUUUUGAAAGCAGCCAAUUCCGGUCUUGACAAGAUUGUUAAAAUUAACGUUUUUCUAACUGAUAUGGGAAAUUUUGCGGAGUUCAAUGGUGUUUAUGCAAAAUAUUUCAGUGAACAUAAGCCAGCUAGAUCCUGUGUGGCAGUCAAGGCAUUGCCACUAGGCAUGGACGUUGAGAUGGAAGUUGUAGCUGUCGAAUAA